GGAGCAGCGUUUUGAACUAUUACUCGACAACUUCAGUCAAUCCGUGAACCAUGGCUUUUCGCGCACUAACGUUGGUGAUCUUUAUCUCUUGUCUGGUCAGCAGUCCAAUUCUUGGCGCAAGAUUAGCAAGGCUUUCCGACCUCAAACCCGUAGAAGAAAACGAAACAGAUUCGGCCGAUGACGUUCCUAAAAAGAUAAUAUUUAGCGGUCAUCAUGUGCCGUCUCAUCAACACUUUGGCGGCGGAUCAGGUGGAGGAUUUGGCUCAGGUUUCGGCAGUAACAAUGGAGCUUCGGCUGUAGGAUUCGGUUCAGGUUCCGGCAAUGGUUUCGGUUCAGGUUCCGGCAAUGGUUUCGGUUCCGGUUCCGGUAAUGGUUUCGGUACAGGUUCUGGCAGCAACAGCGGUGCCUCGGCCGUCGGAUUCGGUUCAGGAUCGGGUAGUGGUUUCGGGUCGGGUGGAAAUUCCGGUUCCAUCUACGGUUCCAAUUCCGGUUCUAACUACGGACAGCCGGGCUACGGAUACGGCAACCAAGGUGGCCAAGGAACCGGAUCGUCGGGAUACGGUAACAGUUAUGCCAACAUGGUGGGCGCGGGUCAAGGUAGCGGUUUCGGCGUUGGUUCGGGUGGCGGUGGAUCGUCCGGAAGUUUCGCCAAUGGAUUCGGUUCCGGCAACGGCCAUAGUCACGGACACGGGCACGGGCACGGGUUUGGCCACGGAUUCGGUCACGGCGGAGGGUUCGGUCACGGCUCCGGUGGAUUCAUUCAGAAGCCGCAUCCAUUCUUUGGACAUUUCCAUGGAUCCGGUGGUCAGUCCAACGGGUUCGGCUCUGGCGGUGGCGGCGGCAACGGUUUCGGCUCCGGCGGUGGCGGCGGUACUGGAUUCGGUUCCGGUAGUGGCAGCGGAUUCGGAUCUGCCGGAAAUGGCGGCGGCACUGGAUUAGGUGCCGGAAACGGUGGCGCAGCAUCUUACGGUUAACGCGACCGUCCUUAGUCCGAACUUCAGUAGUAGUAAUAGCCAAAUAUAAGAAAAAUGUAGUGUCAUACACGGCAAUACCAUAAUAGUCAAAGCAAUUUUAACUUCUAGAUUAGUAGCUUUCUUGUGUCUGAUGAUCGUUUGGAAAUCAUGCACACGCACACUAUUUAUUGUAACCAUUCGAGUCGAAGUAAUUUCAACUUCUAGAUUUUUAACCUUCUAGUGUUCGAUUAUAGUCAAGCGAUAACUUACACAGUAAUCGUUUGACAAUGAUCGAAUUCUAUAAAUCGAGAUAACCGUAGUCGAAGUAUUAACUUCUAGCUUAUCAUAUCUUUCUUGUCAUAUUCCUUUACGCGAAAUUUAUUUUGUAAUUUAUUUUAAUCAUGUUCGUCCGUUUCAAUGUUCAACGAUAUGUAUAAUAAUAUGUUCAUAAUUUCAAUAAAUGUAACAACAGAAACGAUUGUUGUCCCUACAACACUUAAAUAAUAAUAAUAUAACACUUUAAUAAUGACUAUUUGCUAUGCUCCGUUUUGUGAUUACAAAAAUCUAAAUACACUGCAGCCAUUUAUAAUGUUGUACUACGCUCAAUAACAUUGAUGAUAACUAUUUGUCUAUAGCGAACAUGUGUUAAUUAAAAAUUAUAAAAAUA